GUGAUCCGAAUACAUUUCCGUAUUUUCAACAAACAAUCUGCCGGGCUGCAGUGCCAGCUAAAUUUGGGCCGGCAGAGCUUGGUAUUCCCUGUAGAUCUGAGACAAUCCUGGUUUAUCUUGCUCUGCUGAAGACUUUACAGAAGCAAGUCAGUUGAGCUGAGUUGAGUCUCAACAACUUGAGAGUCGGUCAAACUUCUUUCCUCCAUGCUCAAACAGACAACGUGUUCAGAAUGGUGUUGUUACUAAUACUAGAUAGCUACUUUGCAAGAGACCAACUCUUAUUUCAGUGCCAUUCUGUACUCCGAGCUGUCAUAUCGUGCCUCUUUUUUGGUGUCAGCUACGUUGGCAGUUUGUACAUUUGGCGAACAGGUUUACCGAGAGAUGACCCAGCCACAAUUAGGAGAAGAAGUUUAAGUGCUGUUGUGGUGUCCCUGUUAGCACCAAUCUUACUUCUCACACAGGCACAUCAGAGUGAAGAUGGAAAGGGUAGUUCAUUAUUACAGUAUCUUGGUAUACGACAGACUGGUCUCCUAACAUCACUAUGCCUUCCUCUAUUGCUAACAAUGAUACUAUUUUUAGGACCUUUGUACAUGAUGAUUUUGAGUGACAUCAGACAAUAUUUUCCUAUUUCCAUAUCCCUCAAGAAGUGGUGGAGCAACAGCCGAGUUGUGGCUACGUCUGUACGCAACUACAUUGUAGGUCCAAUCACAGAAGAAAUUGUCUUCAGAUCUUGCAUGCUACCUCUACUUGUGCCUUGUGUUGGAAACACUAGUGCUAUCUUCAUUUGUCCAUUCUUCUUCGGAGUUGCACAUGUUCACCACGUCAUAGAAAAUGUACGGCUGGGAGUGAAGAAACCUCAAAUGAUAUGGCUAGACACAAUUUUCCAGUUUUUCUACACUACAGUCUUUGGUACCUUCUCUGCUUUUAUAUUUCUCAGAACGGGUCAUCUGAUUGCCUCUAUUAUAACACAUAUGUUCUGCAAUAUAAUGGGUUUUCCUGCAUUUGAUGACAUCUCUAGGUACAGUAGAACACAGCAACUAACCAUCUGGACUAUGUUCGUUGUUGGUUUGCUACUCUUCUUUGCUUUGUUGUUUCCGAUAACCAAUCCAGAGUUGUAUGGGAAUCAGGUAUACCUCUGGUCAUAGCUUAUGAAAGAUUGCUGUUUUUGGUUCGAUGCUGUCUGACCAUUCAAUAUCGUCCACUGUGGUUUUGAAUGCACCGUCUAGCCUGCAAGUAAUAAUAAUAA